CCGAGCCCCGGGCCAGCGGGGCCCAGCGCACUCGCGGCUGCCAGCGGGCGGAGGCUGCGCGCACCCCGGCCAGGCCCAUCCUGAUGAUGUCCCCGCUGGCCACCGUGGUGUGCGGUGCCCGUGCCCGGCUCUUUGCCGGCCUCCUGCGGCCCGGAGCUCAGCACGCUGGCGCUCUGCAGCUGCACACGGGAGCCAGCUGUGCGGCCAAGAGCCACUAUGAGGUGCUGGUGCUGGGGGGCGGCAGCGGCGGGGCCACCAUGGCCGCCCGCAUGAAGAGGAAAGUGGGCGCCGAGAACGUGGCCAUCGUGGAGCCCAGCGAGAGACAUUUCUACCAGCCGAUCUGGACGCUCGUUGGUGCGGGUGCCAAGCAGCUGUCCUCGUCUGGACGACCCACAGCCAGCGUGAUCCCGUCUGGGGUGGAGUGGAUCAAAGCCCGAGUGGUGGAGCUGGACCCGGACAAGAACUGUGUCCGCACCGACAGUGGCAAGCAGAUCUCCUACAAAUAUCUUAUUCUUGCUCUUGGAAUCCAGCUGGACUAUGAGAAGAUUAAGGGCCUACCUGAGGGUUUUGCUUACCCCAAAAUAGGGUCCAAUUAUUCGGAGAAGACAGUAGAGAAGACAUGGAAGGCGCUGCAGGACUUCAGGGAGGGCAAUGCCAUCUUCACCUUCCCAAACACGCCCGUAAAGUGCGCUGGAGCCCCGCAGAAGAUCAUGUACUUAGCCGAAGCCUACUUCAGGAAGACUGGAAAGCGAUCCAAGGCCAACAUCAUCUUCAACACUUCUCUUGGGGCGAUUUUCGGGGUGAAGAAGUAUGCGGAUGCCCUGCAGGAGAUCAUCCGGGAGAGGAACCUCACUGUGAACUACAGGCAGAACCUCAUCGAGGUCCGCGCAGACAGGCAGGAGGCUGUUUUUGAGAACCUGGACAAACCUGGGGAGACCCAAGUGUUUUCUUAUGAAAUGCUCCAUGUCACACCACCAAUGAGCUCUCCGGACGUCCUCAAGACGAGUCCUGUGGCUGAUGCGGCUGGCUGGGUAGAUGUGGAUAAGGAAACGUUGCAACACAAGAAAUACCCCAACGUGUUUGGGAUCGGGGACUGCACCAACCUCCCCACAUCCAAGACUGCUGCCGCAGUAGCUGCCCAGUCAGGAAUACUUGACAGAACAAUUUCUCUGAUUAUGAAGAAUCAAACACCAGUAAAGAAGUAUGACGGCUACACGUCGUGUCCACUGGUGACUGGCUACAACCGUGUGAUUCUGGCGGAGUUUGACUACAGAGCUGAACCAAAGGAAACCUUCCCCUUCGACCAGAGCAAAGAGCGGCUCACCAUGUAUCUCAUGAAAGCGGACAUGAUGCCCUUCCUGUACUGGAACCUCAUGCUAAGAGGCUACUGGGGCGGACCGGCAGUUUUGCGGAAGUUGUUUCAUCUGGGUAUGAGCUAAGGACGGCUCCACUCUGGCCCUGGUGGAUGGCUCCUGGGUCAGAACUGCAGCUUGCGCAUUGACCGAGGAUGGCAUGAAGGGCUCUCGGAGCCCUGUGAAGACUUUCUUGGAUAACGGUGACUUUUGGGGUCCCUCUGAACUUCCGUGAUGUGGGCUGACCAGAAGAAGCUUGAGUCUUUGGAAAUGUGCAAGUAAUAGACUUCUGUUUUCUAAAUAAAAAUUUGUCGUUUCCAUGAGAA